AUGGAAGAAUUCUUCAACUUCGACGAGUUUGAAGACGAGUACCGGGACGCUGGAUUGGUUGCCAACAACCAUCUUUUCGAAGAUGGGCCUGGCUUCUAUAGUGAGGAUGCAUAUGGUUCCGACGAGUCCAUGUCUGCGGCAGCAUUCCGCCCUGCUCAAGUCGAGCAUGUUCAUGGUAUGGCCCCGCACGUAGACUCUGACAAUCUUCAGACUGGUCUGGUACCAAUGCCUGAUCAAUCGCUGGGAGCUCCUCCGUACCCAGACAACAUCGAUCCAUCGCUUGUUGCAGUCCCGGUGCCCUCCACGUCUACCAUCCCUCCGACCGCAGCGUAUGGUGGACUUUCAUCGCAUCCUCAGAUCGUACCAGGUCCUCCUCCAGGUCCUCAACCACAGGUAAUGAAUCCCGACCAGCAGCAGCUACCGCAGACGUUCACAUAUUCGCUGCAACAUAGCGUCCCAUCAAUAGCUCAGAUUGCCCAGAUGCCCUUGAACUUUGGAGGCAACCAGUUCAAUAACUUCCAACCGCUGUCUCAGUCGCAGGAAGUAGCACAUUCGCCACAGAACAUCUCAGCGUUCGCUUCACCACCAUACUAUCGUCCGGCACAAGGCCCUUCUCAAGCAGAGGGAUCUUCACAGCAGCAGGACUUCCUCACCGCUGAGCAGAUUCAAUCGCUUCAGAACGUUUCUCCUGAGCCAGCGGCAUCUAAGAAGCCUUCAGGUAAGCCCUUUACUGCUCCAAAGAAGACAAAGUCCGGGCGUAGCACUCGCACAGUUCCUCCCGCCUCCACUCCUGCGCAGAAUUUGCAAGCUCAGACUCAAGCCCAAGGCCCACUGGCAGGCUUGACCUUCACUAGCCUACGCGAUGCCGAGACAGCGAUGUCUACACGAGAGAUCAAGUUCGGUUGGACGCCUCCUUUUCCAGACCCCACUAUUCCGACUACGCAAGCAGAGCGCUCUGCGUACGUUCUCCUGAUGCUCAAUGCAUUCUUGGAUACCUCAGAAUGCAAAGACAACCUGACAGGUAGAUCUUUUUCCAAGCGUUGGACUACAUCUAACUACUACAAGGUUGAGGAGAUGGAAAAGGUCUGCUGGAGCCUGCUCGACUUCGCAGUGCGUCUGCAUACCCAUGGUCCCGCGGCAUCGAGCAUGUAUUGCCCAGUUACGCUCAAGAAGAUGCGGAAAUCUCGAAAGCUCGAUUUCCAGCAGCGAAUCGACGCUGUGUGCAACAUGAUGAAGUUCUCGAAGGCCUAUUGCGAUACCCUGAUGAAGGGUGAGGGUAUCGAGGCACUCGUCGGCGCGCCCAAGCAAAAGAUGAUAUGCGCGAAGACGAUGGUGGACCAGAACAUGCGACGCCAGAAGUGGAUCGCGCAUGGCCGCAAGGAGGAUAAAACCUAUGCCCCAGGUACAAAGGAGACUCCCAAGCCUGUUGAUAACGGCGACGAGGUGUUAUCUGACCACGAUGAGAUAUUCUCAGACCACGAUUCGAUAUUCUCUGACAGCGAAGCUGAGCCGACUGGGUCCACUGAGGUACCCUCUGAUCUCCAGCGCCGCCAGUCGGAGUCAGAAGCAGCAAAUGCAGUCGAGGCGGGCACCACCCCUGAUCAGCUAGCGACAUCGCCAACGCUUCCUGAAUCGCCAGUUGUGCCAGCGCUCUCUCCUGAGCCCACUCUGCCAAAGCGUACGCUUCGCACCAAAGUCCAAUCAGGGAACAAGAAAGCUGCAAAGACUGCUGCAGCCACCGUCAAGACUGCUGCAUCGAAGGCAAAGAUACAGUCCCGCAAGCGUCCCAUCGUCCCGGAGACAUCGGACUCUGAGGAGGAAGAUGUAGCGCCUCCAAAGAAGAUUCAGCGAAAGAUUGCGGUGCCUUCUCGACGCACUAAGCGUGCAGUGCCGCCUCCACCCUCUGACGCAGGGAACUCUGUGGAGAACAAUGACGAAUCUUCCCCGGCCCCAGAAAUCACACCUCGCCGACCAGUGCGCAAGACUAUCGCAGGUCCCUCUCGCGGUACCAACACUACAACCCGCGCUGCCGCCAAGGCCCAGAACCAGGCUGCCAAAGAUACCAAGAAGCGCGCAAAGGUCGCCACAACUGCUUCGCGCAAGCCAACCACCCAGAAGCGCAAGGCUCCUCAAGCCGCCCCGGAGAGCGACGACGAGCCUGUGCGUCGCUCGAAGCGUGUGAAGAAGACCGAGGACGUUGCUGACCCUGAAUCGGCCCCAGCGGUGGAGGAGAAGAAGGUUCGACCAGUGCGCAGCACCCGAGGAAAGAAGCCCCAGCGUUAG